CUACUAGAUUAUGACUAAAAUCUUUUGUCAUCUUGAUUGAUUAAUUGUCAUGCCUAGUUUCGUUUGGGUUAUAUUUUGAAAACAAAAAUUUUUGUGAAUUGGUCUAACAUAACUAUGUAAAUUUAGUAUCUUUCUUGCUACGAAAAAAAAAUAGCAUAAAUGGCCGUCGCGGAUGCAAUGUUUAUAUUCGAAGUGGUGGUGGAGCAUGUCAGAAGCUUGGUCGACAGUCGGUUGCUUGUAAUUCGUAGUGAUUUCGCCGACAUAUUUUCUCUCGAACUAAAAGAUCCGAAGCAAAUGCACAUAGUGAUUCCGGAGCCUCUGCCUUUGCCGCCAGAACCACCCGGAAAGAAAAAGAAACCUCCUAAACCCAAAAAACCAAAGAAAGGAGCGUUACCCCCGCCUCCUCCGCCAGAGCCAGUAAUACAGUCGGGACAAUCAGUGCUAUUCACAAGCAGCGCAGAGUUUUUAAUAAAAUUAAUGCAGAGGUGUCCUCUCACAGUGACAUUAUGGAGUAAAGAGGAUAAUCUUGUGUACAUUGGGGCCAGCGUUAUUCCUUGGGAUCCCAUAUUUAUAUCUUACUUACAACUAAUCGUUAACUGCCAAAGUCCAAAAUCUGUAACCUUGAAUGACGAAUUCAAUGUUUUCGAAGAAAACACAGCGCAGCUGAUGGCAAAAAUUGGCCUACAAAUAAAGUUGUCUUAUUUAGGAGACAAAGUCACUACAGCAUUUCGCACCUUGUCCGAAGAUCCUACGGUAAAAAAGGUUCUAUAUACGGGUAUCAAUUCCAAAACAACGUCAUACAUAUGUACAAUGAAGACGACUGAUGAAGUAUUUGAAGAGAAUUGUAAUAAGGUAGAAAACAGUUUCGUAAAGGAUAGACCGAAACCACAGCUUUUGUUCGCUGACUACACUAACGCACCAGGAGCGAAUCUCGUAGAAUUCAGCGAAGGCGAUUACUGCUGCAUGAACAAUGCGGAUAAACCUCCCGAAUCGAAAUAUACAGCGCCAAACACUGUGCCGACAAUAGAAUUCAUUAUUGAUUAUGUACGAAAGAUAAUAGCGUCCUGUAAUGACAACAUGAGGAUGCUUACGCCCCGCCCGACUAUAACUCCGAAAAUCCGAGCAACAGAAAUUGACAGACUUUGUUAUUGUAAGCAAUCGCAGUGGCCAGAAAGUGCCUUAGCUGAGAAGUACAAAAAGGAAGUUCAGAGCGGACCGUGUGCUGUCUGCGCUGAACCUGGCAAAAUGGGAGGCCCAGGGGCAGGAGGUGUUGAAGGCCCUGGAGCCUUCUUCGACAUAGCAAACAUACGAGGUCCUUGCGGAAAAGCAGACUGUAAGAUAGCAAGAUAUUUAAAGAAAUAUAUUGAAAAUUUGAUCGAAGAAGACAAAGUUGAGGUUGAUAUCAAUGAGAUUAUUGGUCCGUGUGGUAGCAAGCUUUGUACUGUGGCUGAAAAAAUACAAGAAUUCCUUAGGCGUGAAGGAGUGUUCACAGAAGGCGCUACAAAAGAAGGUCUCACUACGCAAUGUGCAUGUAUACAGAAAAUGCAAGAUGCACUGACUGAAAGAAAAUCAUGUCAAAGUAUAUGUAGCAAAAAUUGCGAAGAGGGUGAUGAUGACCCUGAUGAAACUUGUGCAGGAAAAGGUUGUCCAUUUGCUGGACAAGCACAACAGGUGUACAAUGUGUAUUAUUUCACAGUAGAACUUGAUCAGACAAGUAAAUCCUCUUCCGGCAAAUCCACACCGGUAGCCGGAGAUAACAAAAGUGACAAAACAAAUACUGACGAAGAUAGAUUUAAAUUCUGUGGAAAAGACUGCCCCACUAUGAAAGCUGCGACAGAAAUUACUUUGUGUACAAAAGGCGUGUGUCCAGCUGCUAAUAAAGAAGAUAAGCCAUGCCCUGAGCAUCCGUGUCCCAUGAAGGGUGAAUUUCCUCCCAGCCCAGCAGACAGCAACAUUGAAAUAGAACUUGACGAUAUACACAAUCCAUGCUGCUCCACAACUUGCGACGUAGCCGAAACAGUUAAAGACUUUAUUGUCGAUGGCAUAACUAAGCAAAAAAAGAUAAAUGAAAAGAAUGACAAUGAGUGCUAUUGCGACUGUGUAUGUGAUUUUAAUUUCACGAAAGAUACAACUUACUGCGCUGUUUGCGGUGGUUACGAAUGCCUAGGAAAUGAUAUGGAAAACCAGCCGGCAUUCAUACAACCUCUACCAUGCCCAGUUUAUCACAAACUGUAUGAUAAGAAAUAUAUAAAAACGGAGAAUCCAUGGCCUGAUGAAGAUCAAGUCGAAACGAUCGAUAAAGUUAGUAUAAAGACGAAUAGAUCGCAGAAAUUGACCACUGUCAUGGCUAAGAAAGAUUCAUUUUUUGAAGAUGAAGGGGGUGAAAAAGAAAAAAAGAAAGCAACAGAUAAGUCUGUUAAAAAGAAGUCCCAGAAAGGCAAUGCCGGCGUUGAAAAAAAAGAGGGGAAAGCUGUCGAAAAAAGGGAAUCGAAGUACCCUUACCCUCCGGUUCCAGCUAACAUGGGCUGGAAUUGGACUGCUGAAGACAUUCCAGGAUUAAAGCCUCGUCCAAAUUGGAGGCCUGGUGCAGCUGUAAAGCCUCUAGUCAGAAGAUACAGAGCCUUACGAGAUGGCAUUGACAUAAUUGCUAAGAAGAAACGAGCUUUAUUGUCAAAGAAGAAGAAAACUGAAAGUAAACCUUUAUUAACAGUCACAAAAAAAGAUGGAGAAUACACAGUCCAAAUGGAAGUUUUCAAGAAGUAUUCAAAAGAACGAUUGCUUUUCCAAUAUCCGUAUGAAGAAAAACCACCCUUGAUUUACACUAUAGGAAAGACAGAGGAAGAGAAGAGAAAAAUUCAAAAACAACGCGAAAGACGAGAGAGAAGGGAAACUAGAAGAAAAUGUAGACUAUUACAAUCUACUUUUAGGGAUAAAUGUCAAGAAAUAUGUGUUAAAGCAUACAACCAGGCGAUUGGUAUACUACCCCUCCCGAACCCCAAUGAUCCUGAGUGUCCGUGCAACACCAGACCGGCGGAUGCCAUCAGUCCUCCGAUAGACUCGUGCUCGUGUUCAGAAGAAGGAUCCAUAUCCAGCAGUGACACAGAUGGAGACGAUUGGAUUAUAGAAUUCUCUCCUCCGGCAUCCAAAUAUGAUGCUAAAGUCAAACAUCCACCCGCUACAGCAGACAAUGAAUCACAAUACACAUACCUCGAUUACAAAGUCAAACUCGUAGACAAACAAGGCAAUGCCGUGCCGCGGUAUUUCAAAGGACCCGACGGCAAAACUGAAUGUAGCGAUUUGGGCGGUUUCUGGGACCCUAAUCACGUCUGGCUGGAGAUAAACAAAGACGGAUACAUUGGACCGGAUGGUCGAUGGAUUCCUUUAACAUUUAUUGGACCUGAUGGUAUGAUGUACUCAUCGGAGGAAGGAGGUUUCGCUGAUAAGGAUGGAAAUUAUUUGAAGAUAGGCGUCGAUGGCUACAUAGAUAAGGACGGUAAGUGGGUAUGGUACUCAAGAUUCAAAGCGAAACCAGAUAAAGAUAAAUCCAAAUCCAACGUGACGGGCAAAACUGGGGGUAAGAAGUCCCCUACGAAACAGACUGCAGUUGCAAAACAAACCAAAGCCACAGGGACAGAUGCUAAAGCGGGGAAGAGUGGGUCUGGGGAUGCUAAAAUUGCUAAAGCGAAACCAAAAUCAAAUGUAAAACGAACAGUUAGCACAAAGGAACCAGGGAAGCAAACUAAUUAUCAAGUGAUGACAAGUAUCUCGGCAAACUUCAGUGCGCCGAACAGACGUCGAUUUAGAAGGCAUUCGGUUAAGUUGCCUCCGUUGUCGAACCGUGGUCGAGACCUAGAGGCUAGAAAGUUGGCUCGGUUCAAGGAGAUUUUGAAACCUCUCGAAGAAUAUUCUGAUAUAGCUUUGUUUAAGAAACCGGGGAGGAAACUGAAGACGAACAGGGCAUGUAACACGCCUCGCAGGCAGCGGUCACCGAACGAGAGCUUUUAUGAUUGCCAGGAAAAGUUGAGCCAGAUCCAACCUGUUUGCUCAUUUGAGAACAAUACCAAUACUUCGAUCUGUUAAUCAAUUCAUUUUCAACUAACGCGACGCCGAUUUUUAACAAAAUAAAAAUGUGUUAUUUGUUAUUGUUUUUUUUUCUGUGUGUACCUAAUUAUGUAUAGUACGAGUGGCGUGUAUAGUAACGUAAUUCCUAAAUUAGUGUUUACGUUUUCGUCCACUUAAAAAUACAGCUAUAAGAAAUAAAAUAAAUUAACUGUGAAAAUCUAAAACUUUAAAAAAAAUGCU